UCAACGGAAAGAGCCGAGGAUGUCGGCUCGGUCAUGUGAUCAGCUGUGUCCAAUCACAGCUGAUCACUGACAGCUCGAAAGGAGAGGAGAGCCGAUAAUCGGCAUUCCUCAGAGGGGACAUGUACACAGAUCAUCAGAGCACUGAUGAUCAGUGUGCCCUGAUGAUCUGUGUAGCCCCAGCAGUGCCACCUGUCAGUGUCCAUCAGUGCCAGCUGUCAGUGCUCAUCCAUGCCACCUGCCAGUGCCCAUCAGUGCCACAUUUCAGUGCCUACCAGUGCACAUCAAUGCCACAUAUCAGUGCCCAUCUGAGCUGCCUUUCAGUUUCACCCAUCAGU